AUGAAAUUAGUCCCUCAAUUUCUUGCGUGCGGGCUCGCACUUCAGCAAUUCGUGGCUGGUACCCCUCUGCCAGAAUACUUUGACAAUACUCCCAUCACGCGGUGCGAUCUAUCUGUCCCCAAAGUUGGAGCAGAGCUGGGUCGAGCCCUUUCCAAAGGAACGAUGAUUUUUGGGCCGUCCGACUCUCCAUGGGACGAGGCUGUCGAAAGGUACAAUACAUUCGUUCGACCGGAUAUCCAAAUUGUUGUGCAGCCAGCAGAAGAAUUGGAUAUUUCUACAAUUGUAAAAUAUUGUAACCGGAAUAGCAUCGACUUUAUGGUCGUAAACCGGGGACAUGCCAUCACCUCCACCAUUGGGACCUUCGAAGGUCUCCAGAUUGACUUGUCGUCACUUACCAAUAUCGACAUUGCAGGCGAUAAAAAGACAGCCUGGUUCCAGGGCGGUACGUACGACGGCCAAGUUAUGGAGGUUCUCUGGGAGAAGGGAUAUGUCGCAACUACCGGCAGCUGUAGUUGCGUCGGCAUGAUGGGCCCUGGCCUUGGUGGUGGACAUGGCCGCUACGAGGGUCUUUACGGUCUGAUCAGCGACAACCUUGUCAACUUAAACGUUGUCCUUGCGGAUGGCUCGGAGAUCCGCGUCAACAAUGAACGUCAUCCGGAUUUAUUUUGGGCCAUGCAAGGCGCCGGCCACAAUUUCGGCAUUGUCACAAGUUUCGAAUUGAAAAUCUACCCGCGCCAGGUUGACUCGUGGCAUUAUCACAAUUAUAUAUGGAAGCAAGAUCAGCUUGAGACCGUGUUCAAAGAGCUCAACAAGUUCCACGACAACGGAAAUACUCCUGUGCUAAUGGGCAAUAAUUUUGGUAUGUAUCGGAUGAACGCCACCGUUAGCGACAACGAGGCUAUUCUCUACUGGACCUUCGCCUAUGCUGGUCCCGCCAAGGAUGGCGAGGAGCUACUCAAGCCAUUCAACGCGAUCCCCGCCGUCUGGGACAAACAAGGCGAUGUUCCCUACCCGCAGAUUUCCGAUAUCCAAGGCACCGGGAUGAAGAGCCCGCUCUGCGCCCCCGAAACGACCCACAUUACAUCGACAGCGGGUAUUAAAAGCUACAACAUCACCGCUCAACGGGAGAUCUACGAGCUCUUCAACAGGAGGGUUGCAGAACAACCCGAAUUCAAGACCGCUCGAGUCGUGCACGAGGGCUACUCAAAUGCGGGCGUUCGCAAGAGGGACCCAGCCUCGUCGGCGUUCCCUUUUCGUGACGAGAACCACCUGCUGUUCUUCGAUGCCGUGCUGGAGGAAGGAUCCGAUCUGACUGAGGCGGCACAGGAGUUUGCGGCGGAAGUGCGUGACCUCUGGAACGCCGGGCAACCAGAACGUAAGCCGUCGACAUACGUGAAUUACGCGGCUGGAGGCGAGGCCCUGGAAUCGCUGUAUGGCUGGGAGCCGUGGCGCCUAGAAUGGUUGCGUCGGCUGAAAGCGAGAUACGAUCCCCACAACCGCUUUCGCUUCUACAACCCUAUCAUUACAGAGUGAGGGAAAAAGGGGCACUAAACUAAUGAUUGUGAUCGUGUCUGUUUAUAUGUAGAAACUCAACUGAAUUUAGCCCCGCACGGC